GUGACGGAGUCGGCUCGGGCCUCCCACGCGCGUCUCCCGGUCGCCGCACGGUGCAUCCCGGACCCGCGGACUCUCACGUGCCACCGCUUGCAUCCCCGCCGCCCCGCUCCCCGCCGCUCCCCGCUGACGUCACCGCGGCCCCGCCUCCCCAGGGCCCCGGGCCGCCGGCGGGGGCUGCCCGGGGGAGUCAGUUGCGGCGGCGGGGAGCUCGGCGGAGGGCGGGCCGGGGCUCCGGGGGCCAUGCCGAGGAAGAAGCCCUUCAGCGUGAAGCAGAAGAAGAAGCAGCUGCAGGACAAGCGGGAGCGGAAGCGAGGGCUCCAAGAUGGGCUGCGCUCCAGUUCCAACAGCCGCAGCGGUAGCCGGGAGCGGCGGGAGGAGCAGACGGACACGUCGGAUGGGGAAUCCGUGACCCAUCAUAUCCGCAGGCUCAACCAGCAACCGUCCCAGGGCCUGGGGCCCAGAGGCUACGACCCCAACCGAUACCGGCUGCAUUUUGAACGGGACAGCCGUGAGGAGGUGGAGAGGAGAAAGAGAGCGGCCAGAGAGCAAGUGUUGCAACCGGUUAGUGCUGAAGUGUUAGAGUUGGAUAUUCGGGAAGUGUAUCAGCCUGGCUCAGUCCUGGACUUUCCCCGGCGGCCUCCUUGGAGUUAUGAGAUGUCCAAGGAACAGCUAAUGAGCCAGGAGGAGCGGAGCUUCCAGGAAUACCUUGGGAAGAUACACGGGGCGUACACUUCGGAGAAACUCAGCUACUUUGAGCACAAUCUGGAGACAUGGAGGCAGCUGUGGCGGGUGUUAGAGAUGUCUGACAUCGUCUUGCUCAUUACUGACAUCCGACAUCCGGUUGUGAACUUCCCACCAGCACUUUACGAGUAUGUAACUGGAGAGCUCGGGCUGGCCCUGGUGCUGGUCUUGAACAAGGUGGACCUGGCCCCGCCGGCUCUCGUGGUUGCCUGGAAGCAUUAUUUUCACCAGCGCUACCCCCAGCUCCACAUCGUCUUGUUCACCUCUUUCCCUCGGGACACGCGCACUGCACAGGAGCCUGGUGGUGUCUUGAAGAAGAAUCGGAGACGGGGGAAAGGAUGGACUCGGGCGCUGGGACCAGAGCAGUUGCUGAGAGCCUGUGAAGCCAUCACUGUGGGGAAAGUGGACUUGAGCAGCUGGCGUGAGAAGAUUGCUAGGGACGUGGCCGGGGCCUCCUGGGGUAACGUCUCUGGUGAGGAAGAGGAGGAGGAAGACGGGCCAGCAGUACUGGUAGAGCAGCUGACUGACUCAGCCAUGGAGCCCACGGGCCCCUCCAGGGAGCGCUACAAGGACGGGGUGGUGACUAUUGGCUGUGUAGGUUUUCCCAAUGUGGGGAAGUCCUCUCUGAUCAACGGGCUGGUGGGGCGGAAGGUGGUGAGUGUCUCCAGAACGCCAGGCCACACCCGGUAUUUUCAGACCUACUUUCUCACCCCCUCUGUGAAGCUCUGUGACUGCCCGGGCCUUAUCUUCCCCUCUCUGCUGCCCAGGCAGCUGCAGGUUCUGGCUGGAAUCUAUCCCAUUGCCCAGAUCCAGGAGCCCUACACUUCUGUGGGCUACCUGGCCUCCAGAAUCCCUGUGCAGGCCCUGUUGCACCUGCGUCACCCAGAGGCAGAGGACCCUUCGGCUGAGCACCCCUGGUGUGCCUGGGACAUCUGUGAAGCUUGGGCAGAGAAACGUGGUUAUAAAACGGCCAAGGCAGCUCGAAACGACGUGUACAGAGCAGCCAACAGCCUCCUUCGCCUGGCAGUGGACGGCCGCCUCAGCCUAUGUUUCUACCCUCCUGGCUACAGCGAACAGAGAGGCACCUGGGAGUCUCACCCAGAGACUGCAGAGCUGGUGCUGUCACAGGGCAGGGUGGGGCCGGCAGGUGAUGAGGAGGAGGAAGAAGAGGAGGAACUGAGCAGCUCCUGUGAGGAGGAAGGAGAGGAGGACCGGGAUGCAGAUGAAGAGGGAGAAGAUGAGGACACCCCAACUUCAGACCCUGGGUCCUGCCUAACGGCCCGGAACCCGUAUGCCCUGCUCGGGGAGGAUGAGUGCUGAGCGCCACCUGUACCACAUCCCCCUCGGCAGCUUUGCUUCUGGGCUGAGCUGGAGGGGUCUUCCCUUUGCCACCCUGAUUGUGAAUAAAGAUUGUCUGCUUUGUAGCCCCUUC